AUGGAUAAACAGAAAAGAAAGGUUGGAAAUGUAUUCAAGUGUGAUGAUAUUCAAAUGAUAGCUAUUGGGACACUUGCAAUCAAGAGGAAGAAAUAUAGCAGAGGAAUGAAGAACAUGAAACAAACACAAGAAUAUGUAUACACGAUUCAAAUCAAUGUUAUUGAAGUGAAAGUGCAUGUAAAUGGUCGUCUCCCUCUUAUAACAAGCUCUAUUGUUGAGUACGCUAAUGGUGAUGAAGUAGUGGCAAAGCUCGUCUAUGAGAACUUAGAGAGACACUGCUCGAAGUGCUUCAGACUUGACCACGAGCUGCGUGACUGCCUCCAAGCUAAAGCAGAGAAGAGAGAGCAACUCAAGGAAAAGGAAAAAGAAGAAGAAAGCUUGACCCAUCGCAACAGAUCGCCAAGACGAAAUGACAGAGAUGAUCACCGCAUGGGAACAAGAGGGGAAGCAGGACAAGAUAGACACUAUUCACCUAACCCUCACCACCAGAAAGGAAACUACAUUUCGGGAAGAAGCAACCAGGAAGCAGACUGGAGUAGAAGAAGCUAUGGACACCAAAACCACUCAGAGAGACAGAGAAGGGAUGAUAGAGAUGACUAUGCCAAAAGACCCCAGCUACCUCAUCACCGUCAAUCCCACUCACGUGAUCUGUCAAAAGAGCGCCCAUCCCACACUUCAGUAUACAGAGAAGUAAGAACACAAGCUCAACCACGUCCAACUUCCCCCACUGGGAGAAUCUCAAGCGACAAGACGCCCGUAAAUCAUAGGCUGGAGAUAGGAGGCUCACGUGCAGAAUCAACCAACUCAAAGGAGACUCACAGAACUUCUGAUAGAGGGAUUCCUCUACAGAGUUCCCAUCAAGACUUACCUAGAGAAGCAGUCGCAAAGGCCAUUGAAGAAGUCCACGACGCAAUGAUCCAGUACACUUUGUGUGCUGACCCAACUGAAAGAGCAGCCAGAAGGGAGCGAUUCAGACAGGCUGAGGCACAAGGAGAGAUAGAAGAAACAGCGGUGAACAUAGUAAGAGCGUCACUAGCAGCACAAACGGGGAUAAAUGAAGAAACAGAGACUCUAACCAGUCCCCCAAGAACCUCGGCUCUACUUCGAUUGGGACCAUCACCAACUCCUCCGGACCAGCCAUCACAGAGUGAGCUACCACAACAACCUUCGACAGCCACCAGAAGGAAACCAGGACGCCCACCAGGAGGGAAAAAAGUUCAGACCAGUCCCAAAACACUUGCUGGUGCCAGUUCCCGAAAGCGAAAGGUACAACAAUCAAAGAAUCCUUCUUGCAAAAGAAACAUCUCGAUGGCAGGUGAAAAAGAACCCCCUAACAGAGCAACAUCGACCCGACAAAGAAAGGCAAAAGCUAAGGGCGAUGUAGGCAACUCCCUGGACUCUAAUCAACCUAUCUGUAACCUGAUACCCGCGACUACAAAAAGGAAGAAGACGGAUUUUCAGACUCCGUCAACUCUCGUUCCUUAA